CUUUAAAGCCAGUCUAGGUACACAUGGGCAUAACCCACAAUUCAAAAACACAUUUAUGUUUGUAUAUAUAAGUAAACAGCGAUAUUUGAAAGUAAAGGAUAGGUAGCUGAAUUAGUGAGAAGCUGGACGAAUCAACUAAGAUGCCUAAACAAAUGAUAACGGAGCAGCAGUUGUUGAUGCUGAAGAACUCCGGCAGCGUCUUCAGCUACUCCGGGAUCAUUGGCAGUCCGAUGGCCGACGACAAGGAGGACGAUAUGACAAAAUCUGCCCUUUCGGCCUUUCGCGCCAAGGAAGAGGAGAUACAGAGGAGGAGGAGAGAAGUGUCCGAGAAAGUGCAAGCACAACUCGGUCGCGUUGAGGAAGAAACUAAACGUUUGGCUGAUAUACGAGAGGAACUGGAAGGAUUUGUUGAUCCAAUGGCAAAAGAAGUUGCCGUUGUGCGCAAAAGGAUUGAUCACGUCAGUCGCGAACUGAAACCCAUCGGACAGACCUGCCAAAGGAAGGAAAAGGAAUACAAAGAAGCUUUGGAAGCGUUUAAUUUAAAAGUUAAAGAAAAAGCUCUGCUAAUGACGAAAUUAAUGGAGCUGGUGGAUGAAAGCGAAAAGCUGAGAAUGAAGCAAUUGGAGGAGUUAAGCAAGAGCUUAGAUUCUCUAAACUAAUUAUUAUAACGAUAAUCCAUUAAUUUGAUAUUUGAAUUCGUGAAAAUUGUUGAUUGUGUAUGUUCCAUUUUGCUGUUUUUUGCUGCGAUCAUUUACAGGCAGGAAAAAAGGAAAGAAAAUAAUUAUUUUUCGUAUAUUUCUCAUAAGCUGCUUUGGAAGUUUGGGUUUGACCAGCUUAAUUUGUCUUAGUUAAUGUAAAUGAUGAUAUGCUUGCUUCCUUGUUAAGAGCAUCUCGAAUGCUACAAUGUCUUAGCAUAAAAGAUUGAUUUUAUGACAUUUCUCUCUCCUUUUUCACGGUCUUAUGUAUUUUUGGUAAGUUUUUC